UCGCCCUAUCUGCCGCUAUUUCCAAAUUCCAAUUUCAUUUUGUAGAUAAGGGUCCAAACAGUUGGAUGACUGUGGCCAACUAAAUGACUAAAUCUGUUAUUCUACGAUUUACAUACAUUAUUAAUUCGGUGGUCACCAUUAAUCGUUGUUUUAUGUACCGGACUUUUUCAUUACAAACUUUUUAUGUUUCGGACUUUUUUACCGUUGACUUUAUGUACCUUGUAGGUACUUCCUAACCACAGAUUUUUUAUGCCUCGAACUUUUCAACCAUGGACUUUUUUUCUAGGACUUUUUUACCUCCGAAUUGUUGGUACUAUAUCUAUGGGUAUCACUCCAUUAAUAUUUGAUCAUCGUACACGAAUAUAUGAAAAUAGCAAAUGGAUACAAUAAUAGUAUGCUAUAUUAUAUAAUCACUAUGGUAGCCACUACUUGGUACCUAGGAGACGUUUAUUCAAAAUAUAAAUGCAUAAAAUUAUUACAAAGAUUAUUCUUUAUAUAGGUAGAAGUAUGUAUCGCACAUUUGUUUUAUUAACUUACUAUUGUAAUAUUCUUGUUUUGAUUUAAUCAUGUCGGGGCGAAUAAAUCCGUGUUCUAGAUGUUUAAUCGAAAAUUGUAUAAUUUCAAAAGUAGAUGACGAUCCUAGGGAUGAAAUAAUAGACAACACGAUCAUUUCACAAGCGGAAGACAAAACCAAAAGAUUGCUACAACUGUAUUUAAAAAAAAAAAAAGAGUAUUUGUCCAGUUUGGCAACGAAGAAAUGUAUACAAACGUCUACAACUACGAAACCAAUAGUUUACAAAUUGAACAAUAAUAACAUGCAAAAAAGGUCGUGGAAUACCAACAGAUUAAACGAAUUAUCUAAGCCCAGAAUCGAUUAUUACGAAUACACAGAGGAAAUCGUAACGACUAGACGUCGAUUUCGCCGUGUAAACAUUUCAAGGAUAAAUGACUUGGCCAUCCCGCGGAGAACGGCAUCGAGUGUUGAACAGGCUCCUCGCAAGUGCAAUUGUUGCACGGUACCUUUAUCGAUGUUGUUGCCGAGGAUAGAAAGACUGUCCGUAGCUCCGAGAAGGACGGACAUAGCCGAACACAUUAAAACAGACGAAGACACGUUUUCGGUUAAAAAGUCGGCUCUCAAAUUCGUCGCAUCAGAAAGGAUAAAACAGUUAGCAACACCACGACUGAACUCAUGGGAUUAGUUGUAUAUUUACAGUAACGUAUAUAUUUGCAAGUUCCAACACAAGUUGAAAAAUACCCAUACGUAUUUAUCGAAAAAUGAAGUGAAAUAUAUGAGUUUUAUAUUAUAUUUUGAUAAAUUGGAGAUUAAUGUAUAAUU